GCACACGGUCCUUUGAAAACUUGUUUAAUUUAAACCUUUAAUUCUCUCAGACGAUGAAAACAAGUGUUCACGAUCGGCUACAGUAGCUUUCCGCUCCAUUGGCCCCGCCGCAUACAGGUAGCAUAAAAUGCCUGCAUCGAAAGGAUCUCGAAAUGCUGUCAGCUCAGCCGUUCAACAGAUUGUUCUGUCCCCCUCAGAUGCCGACUACUUAGACCAGCUAAUACCCGCAAUCAAAGAUGCCGCCCAUUCUAACCGGACAGCCCAGCUAUUGCAGGGCUUAUCUCAGUUCGCAGAUAACCAUGAAUCUGAGAUAGAAGGUGUCUGUAAUACCAACCAUCAAGAAUUCGUCAACUCGGUCAACCAGCUCCUGCAGGUCAGGGAAGGAACCGUGAGGCUGACCUCGGAGAUUCUUGACUUGAAUCAGUCAAUACAAGCAAGUACCGAGAAGUUAGCAGAACACAAAAAGGCGCUCGUUGACUCAAGAAGCGUUCGUCAAAAUAUUGAUGAGGCAGCCCAAGCAUUAGAGGAUUGUUUGGAAGUUCUCCGAUUGACAAAUCACGUGCAUGACCUGCUUGCAACAAAAAACCAUUAUGCUGCUCUGCGCGCUCUGGAUGAACUUCAAAAUGUACACUUGCGCGAAGUUCCUCAAUAUAAGAUUGCAGAGAUGAUUCAGAAAUCAGUACCUGCAAUACAAAAGCUAAUUGCUGAAGCCGUUAUGACUGAUCUCAAAACUUGGCUCUUUCGUAUCCGAGAAACAUCACAGUUCUUGGGCGAAGUUGCAUUCUAUCAUACAGAGCUGAGACGAACAAGGCAAAAGGAACGAGCGGAAAAGGAUCCAUUCUUUCGAAACUUCAAACUCAACUCUGCAAUGGACCUUGUGUCGGAUGAGACUGACGAAUUCGAUGUGCUCGAUAACGAUGAAGUCCAAGUUGACUUUAGUCCCUUAUUUGAAUGCCUACACAUACAUGAGGCGCUCGGAGAGAGCGAAAAGUUUAGAGCAGAAUACGCUGCUACUCGUCGGCAGCAGAAAGACCUCCUUUUACCUACAUCCAUAAGACUUGUUGGAGAUGACGAAGGAGGGAGUCUGAGCGCGCUGCUCGAAAGCAUUGCCGGUUUCGCCAUUGUCGAGCGUGCAACAAUGAAAAAGGCCUUCAAUCUCCGAUCUACGGUAGACGUCGACGAGCUAUGGGACUCGAUGUGUCAGAGCGCAAUUAAUCUUAUUACGCAAUCUCUACCGGAUAUUGACGAUGCAGACGCACUUCUGAAGAUCAAAGGUGUUAUUGCUCUUUUCAUCCAAACCAUGGAAAACUGGGGCUAUUCCGUUGCAGCUCUUGAUUCAUUCUUGCUCACCCUUUUCGACAAGUACGCGGAGCUAUUGAAGCAGAAGUUUAGUCGCGACUUCUUGGAGAUUGUUUCCGCGGACGAUUACAUGCCGAUGCCGAUUCAAACGUCCGAGGAAUACGAAAAGGUAGUCAAUGUGAGCUGGUAUACGCCUGAAAAAGAGCAGAGUGAUAUUAGUUUUCCUUGUGUCUUGCCCUUUUCUCAAAUGUAUCCGCUCUGCUGCAUAGACAUCCGUAACUUCCUGAACCAGUUCUAUUUCUUUUCCGACGACCAUUUUCAGCACCCGAGUGUGAUUGACGAGACUUUGAAGAAGUCAUUGGAUGAACUCCUUGCCCAGAAAGUAUGUCGCUUACUCGUUGACCGGUUAAGCUCUCAGUACCUUGGACAAAUCGUGCAGAUUCUCAUCAAUCUCGAGCACUUUGAGACUGCGUGUGUGGAACUUGAGCAGCUCCUUCUUGCUGCCAGGUCUCCAGCUUCGGCUGGCAAGUCUGUUGCUCUGAACGCCACGGAAGAGUUUCGAAGCAACAAGAAGACCGCAGAAAAGCGUAUAUUUGAACUUGUAAACUCAAAGAUUGACGACCUCAUCGAAACUGCAGAAUACGACUGGAUGGCACCAGCAGCGCAGACCGAACCCAGCAAUUAUAUACAGACACUCACCCGUUAUCUCUCUAACAUUAUGAGCUCCGUGUUACUUGGCCUUCCAACUGAAAUCAAGGAGUUAAUCUAUUUUGACGCCCUUAGCCACGCAGCGACGAUGAUCCUCGCACUGCCACUUUCCGCAGACGUCCCAACGAUCAAUCGAAACGGUGUCGCGGCACUAGCACUGGAUGUGCAACACCUCAGUCAAUUCGUCGACAGUUUAGGCGUACCGAUUCUCCGCGAGAACUUGGAUGAGUUGCAACAGACAGUCAAUCUACUCCAGUCUGACAAUUCAGACGAAUACUACGAUGUCUCGACGCGAAAUAAGAAAUAUGGAAGAGUUGAUCCAAUGAAUGGACCUCUUCUAUUGGAGAAACUCACGCAGGGCAUGCAAAGCUCAGGAAGGACGGACAAAUACACUACCCUCUCUUCUCGGUUUGGCAAAAAGUAA